AUGACGAAUGUAGUUGAUGUAGACGAGCCUAAGGUUGGGAUGAUAUUCGAAAGUUAUAAACGGUUGCUUGAGUACUACACGGGUUAUGGUAAGCGGUUAGGGUUUCCAGUGAAGAUAAGAUCAUCAAUAAAAGGGGAGGAUGAUGAGUUGAAAUAUGUGACUAUUGUUUGUUCUCGAUCAGGCAAGUCGAAGUCCACUUCCAAAUAUCCAUUGAAGUCGUAUCCAAACAUAAAAGCUUGUCGAUCGAGUGAAAGCGAUGUCAUUGGGCUUGUUGAUGGUCAAUCCACGAGUGAAGCGAUUGAUGAUUCGCAGAUUACACAAAUGGUUAAUGUUGGCAUAAGUGAUGGUCAAUGCUCCUCUUUGCAAUUUUGUAAUAACAAUAUGGCCUUGCUAUGGGGGGUCACUCAAACAGGUCUUGGAAAUCAUUUCAUGAUGCUGGCUACAAUUUCUGCUGCAAAUGGACUAGUUGUGCACCGUCGAGGUUCACCAGAUGCUGCUUAG